CGUCGAGGCCACUCAGGGUCCAAAGCCCUCUGGUGAUCUUUUCGAGCCGCUGACUGUCGUCUAGCAUCUGAUUCUACCACACGUUCGAUAAGUAUGACACAAAAUCGAUAUGUCGCCCUAUGUAGACUAGAUCUGUCAGGUAAAGGCAUCCAUAACGGCGGUCACAUCACACCAUGGUUCUAACACGCGCUCGCAUCAUGGUGUUCUGGCUAACGUAUCUAGAAUACUCUAGUCCCUCCGUAAGCUGAAUGCGAACGCGCCUGAAUGUACCAUAUACAAGACGUCUUGGGACGAGUUCCAAUCUACCUUAGAACAUCAGCUAUUUUCCGAGCAUCGUAUCCUCCAUGACUUCGACAGUGGCAAUUGUAGGUGUGGGAGAGGUGGGCGGCGCAGCAGCUUACGCAAUGAUCCUUCACAAUGUCUGCACGAACAUAAUGCUUGUCGAUAAACGACAAUCCCAUCGAGACGGCCAGGUCAAGGACCUUAACAAUUCAUCCUUUAAAGAACAGAACGGAGCCCAUGUCCAAGCUGCAACAUUUCGAGAAGCUUCCCAAGCUGACAUUAUCGUCAUCGCGGCCGCAGCCAAAAGAGGGAUCGGAGAGACGAACUUGAAUCACCUGUAUCGGAGCACAGCAACCCUACGCAGCAUCAUUGGGGCAAUGAGGCCCUUCAAAAAGAAUGCGAUCUUGCUUAUAGUGACGCAUCCGGUCGAUAUAUUGACGAGCUUGGCCUAUGAGGUCUCCGGUCUUCCGCCUGCCCAGGUGAUUGGCACUGGGACAUUGCUGGACUCCGUCCGACUCCGAGGGAUGCUGGCUGAACAAGUUGGAGUUGCAGCGAGCUCGAUCGACGCCAUGGUAGUCGGCGAGCACGGAGGAUCCCAGUUCGUCCCCUGGUCACUCGUAGAGGUUGGUGGCGUCCCGAUCGAUGAGCUAGUAGGUCCGGAUGGUAUCAGCAAGGAGAAGGUCGUGCAACAGUGCAAGCAUGAGGGAGAGUGCAUUAUAGAGGAGAAGGGCGCUAUCACCUUCGGUAUAGCUUCUGUCAUAUCUGUGAUCUGCACGUCCAUUCUUCUGGACCGGCGACAGAUAUAUCCCGUUAGUCAUGUGCAACCGGAGCACGGAUGCUCCUUGAGCAUGCCCGCCGUUAUUGGUAGGAAUGGCAUCGAGCGCACUCUGCCAAUAUCUUUGGCGCCUAGUGAGAAGCUUGAACUUGAACAUUCGGCGAGGGAAGUUAAGAGAGUUGUGGGUCAGCUGAGGGACAAUUGGGAUUAG